AUGCCCAUUACCUGCAGUUACUGUUGAUAGGAGGCAAUCUUCUCCGUGGCAACCAAACAAAUGCCCUGAGAUGGUAAGUUAGCGGAAACCCCCAGAGAUCCUGACCUGCCACAAUGGGGACAGCGUCUUCCCUGGUGAACCCUGGAGAGGUGAUUGAAGAUACUUAUGGCGGAGGAGGGGGAGAAUCUUGUGAGAUUCCUGUAGAAGUGAAGCCCAAGGCCCGCCUUCUCCGCAGUUCUUUCAGGCGUGGGCCAAGGGUUAUUGGAGCCAGUUUUAAAUCCACUGCCUCAGUGGACCUGGAAUAUGCUGCAGAAUAUGAACGACUUAAGAAGGAGUAUGAGAUAUUCCGGGUUAGCAAGAAUAAUGAGAUUGCUUCCAUGCAGAAGAAAGAGGUGAAACUGGAUGAGGAGAAUAAACGGCUGAGGGCAGAGUUACAGGCACUUCAGAAGACAUACCAGAAGAUCCUAAGAGAGAAGGAGAGUGCGGUUGAAGCCAAAUACCAGGCUAUGGAGAGAGCUGCUACCUUUGAACAUGACCGAGAUAAGGUGAAAAGACAGUUUAAGAUCUUUAGAGAAACAAAAGAAAAAGAGAUCCAGGAUUUACUCAGAGCCAAAAGAGACCUUGAGGCCAAAUUUCAAAGAAUGCAAGCCCAUGGAAUACAAGUGUUUGACCCUGGUGAAUCGGAUACUGAUGACAAUGACACUGAAGUGACAGUCCCGGGAACGCAGUGUGACUACUGGACCAGCGGAGCCUUAGGCAGCGAGCCAUCCAUGGGCAGUAUGAUGCAGCUUCAGCAGUCAUUUCGGGGCCCGGAGUUUGCUCACAGUUCUAUUGAUGUCGAAGGGCCAUUUGCAAAUGUAAACAGAGAUGAUUGGGACGCAGCGGUGGCCAGCUUGCUACAGGUCACGCCUCUCUUCUCGCAGUCUUUGUGGAGCAAUACUGUGCGCUGUUACCUGAUAAACACGAAGGAUACUCAGACUGAAGUGGACGUUUUCCUGAGGGAACACUCUCCGAAGCUUCAGAGGAUGUGUGAAACGUUGGGCUACUUCUUCCAGGUGGUGCAUUUUCCCGAGGAAUGUGAAAACUAUUAUGAUGCUGUGCGGAAGUGGGAAAUUGAGAAAAGUUCCCUGGUGAUCAUAUUUAUGCGUUCCUCCUUCGAUAGCGUACAAUGCAGUUCUGUCUGGGAAGACUGUAAGGAAGCAUUCCUGAAAAAUACUGAGGGCAAGCCGAGAAUUGUUUAUCACAAAACAGAGGAUGGCGCAGGAAUCUCCGACUGCAUCCAGCAGCUAAUGGAGGAGGAUCCGAAUAAAGCAAAUAAAACAAAGAUUAUUGAGCACGAUGGAGAGCCUGAAGAAGGGGCUUAUAAAACCUACUGUCAUGUAGAGCAAGUCAUAAAACAGGAUUUGUUGGGUGUUGAGAUCUCUGACCCUGAUGCCAAAGAUGAUCCUGCAGUUCAAGAAGAUGAUGACUUUGGGGAUGUUUUAUGGGAUGUCCAUGAUGAACAGGAGCAGAUGGAGACUUUUCAGCAUGCAUCCCAGUCUACAUGUGAGCUGGGGUUUGACAAAUACUAUGAUCGCUUGAAUGAUUUAGUAGCUGCUCCUGCCCCCAUUCCCCCACUGCUAAUAUCAGGAGGACCCGGUUCUGGAAAAUCUCUACUCCUUUCAAAGUGGAUCCAACUUCAGCAGAAACAUUCACCAAACACUCUUAUGUUGUAUCAUUUUGUUGGAAAACCAAUGUCAACCAGCUCCGAGCCGGCUUUGAUCAUAAAGAGACUGACCCUGAAGCUUAUGCAGCAUUCCUGGUCAGUAUCAUCACUUUCCAUGGAUCCGGGAAAGUUCUUGGAAGAAUUUCCCCACUGGCUUGAGAAGCUUUCCAUUCGCUAUCAAGGCAACAUCAUCAUCAUCAUUGACUCCAUUGAUCAAAUAGAGCAAUCGGAAAAGCACAUGAAAUGGCUGAUUGAUCCCUUACCAGUAAAUGUUCGUGUAAUUGUCUCUGUAAAUGUUGAAACUUGUCCCCAAACCUGGAGAUUGUGGCCAACUCUCCAUCUGGAUCCACUGAACCCAAAGGAUGUGAAGUCUCUCAUAAAUGUUGAGUGCAGUGCAAAAAAUAUUUUGUUAACCAAAGAACAGGAGAGAAGACUGGAGAGACAUUGUCGAUCUGCUACAACCUGCAAUCCUCUAUAUGUAACUUUGUUAGCUAAAAUACUGAUCUGGGCUGCAAACAUGGGGGACGUUACAGAUGUCUUGCAGCUUUGUCUACAGUGUCAGGAUACAGUAUCCUUGUAUCGACUUGCACUACACACAGUGCAGGAAUUUCUGCCCACUGCAAAAGACAAGGAGCUCAUGAGAGAGAUUUUGUGUCUGAUCAGUGUAAGCCACAAUGGAGUGAGUGAAUAUGAACUGAUGGAGCUCUGCACUGGGCUGACCUGGCCAAUAUUGACAUUUUUGGUUCAUCACCUUCAUAAGAUGGUUGUACUUAGAUAUAGCUGUGGACUACUCCAGUUUCAACAUCUUCAGGCAUGGGAAGCGGCCAGACUGGAGUAUAUGCAAGGAGGGCCCAAUAUUGUGUCUGAGUACCGAGAGAAACUCAUCCAGUAUUUCACCACACAGUUAAGUCGGGACAGAGUGACAUGGCGGAGCGCCGAUGAGCUCACGUGGUUAUUCCAGCAACAAGGGGAGAAACAGAAGCUCCACAGAUGUCUCAUGAACUUGUUUGUAUCACAGAAUCUUUACAAAAGGGGACAUUUUGCUGAAUUGCUCAAUUACUGGCAGCUUGUUGGGAAAGACAAGAACUCGAUGGCCACAGAAUACUUUGACGCUCUGAAGCAAUAUGAAAAAAACUGUGAAGGAGAAGAGAGCAUGACAUGUUUGGCAGACCUGUAUGAAACACUAGGGCGUUUUCUCAAGGACUUGGGUCUCCUUAGUCAGGCCGUGACACCUCUCCAGCGAUCAUUAGAGAUCAGAGAGACUGUCCUCGAUCCGGAUCACCCCAGUGUGGCUCAGUCUCUGCACCAGCUGGCAGGGGUCUAUGUGCAAUCCAAGAAAUUUGGAAAUGCGGAACAGCUUUAUAAACAGGCUCUAGAAAUAAGUGAGAAUGCCUAUGGCAGUGAACACCUGAGAGUAGCCUGGGAGCUUGAGGCGUUAGCUGUGUUGUACCAGAAGCAGAACAAGUAUGAGCAAGCUGAACAACUGAGGAAAAGAUCAUUCAAAAUUCGACAGAAGGCCGCAAGAAGGAAAGGGAGCGUGUAUGGGUUUGCUCUGUUAAAGCGUCGUGCGCUUCAGCUGGAGGAACUAACACUGGGCAAAGACACUUCAGAUAACGCAAGAACCCUGAACGAACUGGGAGUUUUAUAUUAUUUGCAGAACAACCUAGAAACAGCAGAAAUGUUUCUUAAGCGCUCCUUGGAAAUGAGGGAACGCGUGCUUGGUCCAGAACAUCCGGACUGUGCUCAGUCUUUAAAUAAUCUAGCAGCUCUCUAUAAUGAGAAGAAGCAGUAUGACAAAGCAGAGGAACUGUAUGAGAGAGCGUUAGACAUCAGGAGGAGGGCGCUAUCUCCAGACCACCCUUCACUGGCCUAUACUGUGAAGCAUCUUGCUGUGCUCCACAAAAGAAAGGGGAAGCUUGAUAAGGCGGUGCCUCUUUAUGAGCUGGCUGUGGAAAUCCGUCAGAAGUCAUUUGGCCCAAAACACCCCAGUGUUGCUACUGCGUUGGUGAAUCUUGCAGUAUUGUACUGUCAAAUGAAAAAACAAGUGGAAGCGUUACCUCUAUAUGAGCGUGCCAUGAAGAUUUAUGAAGACAGCCUUGGUCGAAUGCACCCCAGAGUUGGAGAAACCCUGAAAAACCUUGCUUUAUUAAGGUAUGAAGAAGGGGAUUUUGAAAAAGCAGCUGAGCUUUAUAAAAGAGCAAUGGAAAUCAAAGAAGCAGACACAUCUGUAUUAGGCGCAAAGGCUCCUUCUGGCCAUUCUUCUAGUGGAGGAGACACCUACAGCCUCAGGAAUACCUUACCAGUGAAUGCAUUCACUGAACCAUGAGAUCACUAUCACCUAGAAAGGUAGAUGAUCUGAAACACAAGCCUGACCUCAUCAUCAUCGGCACUACAGACAUCAGCUAUGCAUCUCAGUUUCUAUUAUGUCCCAAGGACCAUCCUGUAUCAUUUCUUCAGUGCCUUCAAAUCACACAAUCAGUAUUUGAAUGGAGCCUUUCAUCACAAGGAAUUGUGUGUGUGUGUGUGUGUAGACUUGAACCGAAGAAAAUAUUUCAGUGUCUGCCAUGUAAUGGUUUUUAGCAAAUCCUAAUAUAAGCCAGGUUUCAUGGUUAUAAGAGAGCGAGGCAUUUCCUUCUGAAGGGUUCUGAUGUUCUGUUGGAGGUAGGACAUUCUUUCCUGGGGAAGAUACAUCCAAGCCAGGUUUUCUGUGGGGGAAGAAGAGAGGGUGGACAAUGGUGUUUUAUCACCAAACCAAGUUGGGGUAUUCAGAAUGAUUUGAAGGCUAUCCAGGUUUGGGGCAGGACUGUGGCAACUUGAGGAGUGGUUGCCAGGAAAGAUGGUAGAAUUGCAAACUAAGUGACAAGACUGGAUUCAACCUUGGUAAGUCAGGCAUCUUGGGAUGUGGAGGUUUGUGUCCUUGAUGCCCUUUGAUGUGAGGAAUUAGCCUUGCUCCUUGGAGACAUUUACUGUCCUCAAUGGCUCUAUCCAAAAGCAAAAGCACCUAUACAUAAGGGUUGAAAUGCUUUAGGCCCAGCCCAGGAUAGGCCAAACUAUUCCAUCUUUUAAGACACAGCAAAAAGGAUGGAUUAGAAUUCUUAGAACCUUUCUCCCAAAAGAACAGGAACAAUUACUCCUUGAAAAAGAGAGUACAUAAUUUAUAGCAUAUGGGAUAUUUUUCCUUAUAUUAUGUAACUGAACUGCUGCAGAAACUCUUUUUGAAGAAGAAAUAGUAAGCCAGAGAUUAGACAAGAUUAACAUGACCUACUUAAAGGGUUUCUGUCGCCCCAAUUUUCGCUAUUAAACAGGCUGACAUUGUAGAAGUGAAAAUGUCACCUGAAUUUAACUCUGCAUUUCUUUUAUUUAAGUAUG